GUCUCAGUGCCUAGCCAUGUCUCUCUAGCCAUGUCUCUUUAAUGCGAAACGCUUGAUUGGUAGACGAUUUGAGGACCCAGUCGUACAGUCUGAUAUGAAACAUUGGCCAUUCAAUAUAAUCAGUGACAGUGGACGGCCCAAAGUGGAGGUUGAAUACAAAGGUGAAACCAAAACCUUCUACCCAGAGGAGAUCUCAUCCAUGGUGCUGACAAAGAUGAAGGAGAUUGCAGAAGCCUACCUCGGAAAAUCUGUGUCAAAUGCUGUCAUCACAGUACCUGCGUACUUCAAUGACUCUCAACGUCAAGCAACCAAAGACGCAGGAACUAUCUCUGGUCUAAAUGUGUUGAGGAUUAUUAAUGAGCCCACAGCAGCAGCGAUCGCUUAUGGCUUGGACAAAAAGGUUGGGUCUGAGAGGAACGUCCUCAUCUUUGACCUUGGUGGUGGCACCUUUGAUGUGUCCAUUUUGACCAUCGAGGAUGGCAUCUUUGAGGUCAAGUCCACAGCUGGAGACACACAUCUUGGUGGGGAAGACUUU